GCGAGAGGCGCAAACAAGCCAAUUUUCUCUCCUUCACCCGCCCUCUCCCUCUCCCGCCUCUCCAAGUUCCGCUUGACUGAGACAGCUGCUGGGUGCGAGAGGUUUGGAGACGCUGGCGGUCUCUGCCAGUGGCCGAGCGGAGACAGGUCUUUGUUCUGUCCUACCUGAGAAUGUUCCGCAAGAAGAAGAAGAAGAGGCCAGAGAUCUCGGCUCCAAAGAACUUUGAACACCGGGUUCACACCUCCUUCGACGUCAAGCGGGGUUGCUUCGUUGGCCUCCCUACCCAAUGGCAGAGCAUCAUUGAGACCCUCCGGAGGCCCAAACCCAUGGUGGACCCCUCCAGGAUUACACAUGUGGAGCUCAAGCCAAAGAAGACGAUAGUACGCGGGAGCUUCAUCGGACACGGGGACUACAUCGCGGCGGUGAUCUCGGACCUGAGCCGCCUCUCGGUGACGAGCUCCAACUCGCUGCGGAAGAGCAGCCCCUCUGCGCGGAAGAGGGCCCAGUCUCUGGGCCGCUUGGGCGAGGUGAAGGAGGGAGACUCAUACCAGUACGAGGACCUGGUCAAGGCCGAGCGCGGCGGGAACCCGGCCGAGCUGCCCUGGCGCGAGAGGAUGCGUAACGUUAAGAGCGAGAGCGGGAGCCCCCACCCGGGUGGCAAAAAGAGCAUCACCCUGCACCCUAACGGAGCCCUGCCCCGGGCCAAGUCCUCCUACGAGGUGAGCGUCAGCUCCCUGGACACUGGCGGGGGGGCCGCACCCAGCCCGCGGCCGUACGUGCAGAGCGAGGUGAGCAGCCCCGCCGAUAGGCCGGUGGGCAGGAGAGACAGGGGCCCCCGGAUCCUCCCGCCCAAUCAGAGGCCGGUGUCCUGUUUCUACACCCCGGGAGCACCGCCCCACGGUGACAUGGGAAUCCUCACCCCGGACUUGCACACACACGAGCGCCUCCUGGUCCAGAACAGCCCUGGCAGGCCCUACUCCUCCUACGACCUGAAGGCUGACUCUGUUCUAAGGCACCAGCCUGGCUUCCUGCCCAAUGGCACCAGCAGUCCGCUGGUGAGCGGCAGCAGAACUCACAGGACGGUACGGCCCUCGUCCAGCUACACCGUCGGACUGUCUCCCAACAUCAGCCAGCGGCAGAACGGCCCCGACCCCUUCCUGAGUCCCAACCCCGGCCUUCCCGCUCAGGACAGCCCCUCUCAGCCCCGGCCCUCCCCCACGGGCUCCCUCGCCACCAGCCCCCCCGGGACCUGCUCCCCCUCCUUCAGGCCCCCCAUGCACCCCUCCCCCCGGCCCCCUCCAGACCCCCCGAAGGUGACCCACGACCAGUUCAAAGCCGCCCUGCAGAUGGUAGUGGACAAGGGCGAUCCGCGGUCCUACCUGGAGAACUUUGUGAAAAUCGGGGAGGGCUCGACGGGCGUGGUGUGCAUCGCCCGGGAGAAGCACAGCGGCCGGCAGGUAGCGGUGAAGAUGAUGGAUCUCCGGAAGCAACAGCGUCGAGAGCUUCUUUUUAACGAGGUCGUCAUAAUGAGGGACUACCAGCACAAGAAUGUAGUGGAAAUGUAUAAGAGCGCUCUCGUAGAGGAGGAACUCUGGGUAAUAAUGGAAUACCUUCAGGGAGGAGCUCUAACCAACAUUGUGUCGGAAACCAGGCUGAACGAGGAGCAGAUCGCCACAGUGUGUGAGGCUGUGCUGCAGGCCCUGGCCUACCUCCACUCCCAGGGCGUCAUCCAUAGGGACAUCAAAAGCGACUCCAUCUUGCUCACCCUGGACGGAAGGAUCAAGCUGUCAGACUUUGGCUUCUGUGCUCAGAUCAGUAAAGACAUCCCCAAGAGGAAGUCUUUAGUGGGGACACCAUAUUGGAUGGCCCCUGAAGUUAUCUCCAAAACACCCUACAGCACCGAGGUGGACAUGUGGUCUCUGGGGAUCAUGGUGGUGGAGAUGGUGGAUGGAGAACCACCCUAUUUCAGCGAGGCCCCUGUGGCUGCCAUGAAGAGACUGAGAGAUGAGCCGGCACCCACAGUCCGGAACACACACAAGGUCUCCCCCAUGCUGAAGGACUUCCUGGACCGCAUGUUAACACGGGACCCACUAGAGCGAGCCAGCGCCACGGACCUCCUGGAGCACCCCUUCCUCCUGCAGAGCGGCUCGCCGCAGUGUCUGGUGCCCCUGGUGGACCAGUACCGCAAGCGCAUGUCCCGCUGCUGAUGCCGGAGGCCGUUCCUCUUUCCGUCUGCCUCGAUCGAGGCCCUGGAACUGAACCGAGCGACGGUCACCACGAGCACCGGUGUCCCGGCUCUGACUUCAGCAGUACCGUUCCCACUCCCACGAUGCUUCAACGGAUAGGGGAGAGCUAUUUCUGAGACGCAACAGGACUGGAGAAGACUGAAGCACUUUAUCAACAUGUGCACACUAGUGAGCACAGUGCAACUGCUGCAUGUAAACAACAGUUGUUCCUUACUUUUAAUCCAAAAAAGUGUUGAAAUCAUGUGCCAUGUGUAUCUUGUCUCGGUGUACUGGAUCCUUCAUUAGACAAUAUGGACUUUACACAGAUUUAGUACAGAUACUAGUACAGAUAAAAGUGAAUGAUUUAAGAAUCCAUGUUACAUAAAAACGUAAACGAGUGUGCUGUCCAUGACUGACGCUCCAGAUGGGACUGGGAUAGCAGUUAGUGGUCAGUGGUGAUGUGUGAUACUUCCAUAUUCAUAAUCUGACUGAAUACUGGCCAGAUUUUAAUCAUGGGCACUACCAUGUCCAAAAUGGUGGCAUAACUGAGCCCAUGUUGAAUGCUUAUAAAGCUUAUAAACCCCAGUCUGUAUGGUUAGUACAUUUAUGGAAUCAUCUGUGUAAUGGUAAUUGAGUUGCAUUUAAAAAGAUGAGGGAUGUAAUUUUUUUAACGAGUCAAUGGAAACUAAAGGAUGAACAUUUAUUUUCGUAUUUAUUAUAUGUUAAGAUUUGUAAUUAAAUGAAUCCACCUGCUUUUGUGAAGGGUGUUAUGAAAGGUAAGAUGUGAAAUUGUGAAAAAGUGAGUCUCAGCCUAAAAGAUUUACUAUGUACAGUUCAAUUCUGCCAUAACUAAGAAAUAAUGAAUGCACAUGCUGAAAAAUGAGAAGUUGGAACUUGCAGUUGUCAUUAUAGUUACCUACUGUAUAUUGUAAAAUAAAUGUCACAGACAUUGUCAAUUUGUUUCUGUAUUUAGGUACUUUGUUACUGCUAAUUCCUAUCUUCCUCUUGCUGUCCUAUGCCACCUAUUUAGUCCCCUUUAAGAAUGUGUGUGUGUUCCUACUGAAAAUAUGUAUGACUGCAUUUUUUAUUUGCAAAUGUUUGCAUAGAUAAAGCACACAGGCUUAGCGUGUGAUGCUAAAGGACCUCCACCAGCUGAGUAUAAGAUGUACAUUUUGUCUUUGUAUUCUUACAGGUCGACAAUAUUCUUGUGUUUGUACCUGUAGGUCUUUCAUGAAAGAGAAUUCAUAUUUAAAUUUUGUAGAACCAAUAAAUAAUAGCCUAUACAUUGGGCCUA